AUGUCGUCGUACCACCACCACCGAAGAUCCGAGUUUAAUUUCUGGGACAAGGGUGCGCUUCUCUGCGUGCGGGCCCCGUACGUGACCGUACUUACAAAGAACAUUAGCGUUAUGACGGUGUAUUGCGACCGCUGCGACCGCUACUUCCCUCACUACGGUGCCCUCGCGCAGCACGAGGCGGGCGUCGAGCGCACACUGGCUCUGCGACGACUGCGAGAUCGACUACACGACCACUGCGACGAGCAUUUCGACGAUGGCGGCGAGCUGGCGGAACACAUGGACGACGCACAUUUCUACUGCUCUUCGUGUGAGCGGGUGUUCAAGAACGAGCAGGGGCUGCACGAGCACUGCCGCCAGUCGAGCGUGCACCACUACUGCACCCCCUGCCGCCGGCUGUUCACCUCCGCAAACAACCUCAACGCGCAUAUGAACUCGGCGCUGCACAAGCCACGCACGAUCACGUGCCCCGGCCGCGGCUGCGGGCAGUCCUUCAUCAACGGCCCGUCGCUCGCCGCGCAUCUCGAGGCGGGCAGCUGCGCGUCGGGCGCGAACCGGCAGUCGCUCAACCGCUACAUCCGCGCGCAGGACACGCGCAACGUGAUCACCGACCCCGCGCGCCUGAUCGCCGCGGCGGAGAGCGACAACACGCGCUACGUCGCGACCGGGCGCAGCUGGAACGGCACCGCGUACGAGUGCUACCUCUGCCACGGCAAGUUCCGCACGCUGCCCGGGCUUAAUCAGCACCUCGCGAGCCCGCGCCACGAGGAGCAGACGUACAUCUGCCGCGGGCCGGGGUGCAGCCGCCGCUUCCAGACGCUCAGCGCGCUGUGGGCGCAUGUCGACAGCGAGCAGUGUGGUGUCGCGCGCUUCGGUGCGGUGAAGCGCGCGAUGGACGAGCUGUCGGACCGGUUGCAGAGGACGAGGAUUGCGAAUUAG